CCCGCGAACCGACAACAGACUUCUGAGUUUACCCCGAGUGUGACGUCAACCGCGCGAACAGACGCUGACAGCUUCUGGCAGUAAGCGUGACGUCAUCGGGGCGGAGCUUGGGACUUCCUUUCCGAGUCUGGGUCGGGGGUGAGGCUUUCCCGGUAUAAAAACGGCGCGCAGAGAACGCUAGCCAGUACAAACCCGCACAGGACACACGGGGAAGUCAGAACCGCGGAACUCAACAGCCAAACUCAUAGGAAUAUAUCCAGACUACCUCGGACUAUCGUGUCGUGACACAAGGUAAAACAAAACCGAAAAAUGCAGCUCCCAUGUGUACUGAGAGAGAUGUCUGCCGGUGCGAUGUUCUCUCUCGCGGUCGUCUGCCUCUCCCUCUCUGCCGAGGCCUUCUCCCUCCCGUCGUCAUGGAAACCGAGGUGCCCGCCCGGCGCGGUGUGCGAGGAUGGCGGACUGGUGGCGGGAAAGCCGGGAGGAUACAAACCGGGGAAAGCGCCGGUGCACCGGAGACCACCCACAUCCUACGGUAACACUGAAAGCCGUCACCAUAGCAACCACAUCAACAACAACAACAACAUCCUUCCGGUGAGCGGAGGUUCCCAGGUCGCCUUCUCCGCCAAGCGCACCACGGACUUCACCGCGCCAUGGGAACGAGUCAUCGAGUUCGACAGGUUGCUUAGCAACGUGGGCUCGAGCUUCGACCCGUACUUCGGGGUGUUCACGUGCCGGGUGGCGGGAACGUACUUCUUCACCUUCAACAUGAAGAAGAUGGACGCGCGGCGGACCGCAGUGCACCUGAUGAAGAACCGGCGGAUAGAGGCCACGGCUGAGGACGACAGCACGCGCGACACCAGCAUGCUGUCCCAGGCGGUCGUGCUGCACCUGGAGGUGGGGGACACCGUCUACACCAAGCUGGCCAGCGGCGGGCUACUGGACGGGAGUGGAGAGGACGGCACCAUCACCUUCACGGGGUUCCUGCUUUACCAGGAUUAAUAAACAAACAAACAAAUAGACAAACAAACAAACAAACAAAUAUGUGAAUAGUGGGGGGCUACCGGACAGCAGCGGGGGGGACGGCACCAUCACCUUCACGGGGUUCCUGCUAUACCAGGAUUGACAAACAAGCAAACAAACAAACAAACAAACAAGUAUGUGACCAGGUAGCGAGAGAAGUGGACAUGGUCUAUUUUAUUCACGGGGUUCCUGCUCUACCAGGAUUAACAAGAAGCGAAUAAACAAGCAAGCAAACAAACAAUUAAGUGAAGAAAAGGAGAGAGAGUAUUGUUUUUUUGUUGUAAAUAGAUAUAACUCGAUUCUCAAACGGAAAUAAUGCAGAAAACGCUGGACCCUGGACACGUGAACGUUUCUCAGUUUGAGAGGUUGUAUGAUUUAAAACAGAGUGACGAUGUAUUUAUUUUUCAUGAUAGAAUUGAGUCUGAAAGUAACGUAUGGACAUCUAGAUGUUCCAUUUUUGGUUGCUGUGAUGUCUUGCUCUAAAGAGAAUGUUGUCUAAGAUAUGGAAUACAUUUACGUUAUGUCACGAAAUCGAAAUGACAAAUUGUUAAUACUUAAUAAAAAGUGUUGUAAACUAAAAUGUGGAGUGUAUGUAAAAAUAAGUCGAUAUUGUAAACGUUAAAUAGUCCAAGGAAUGAUAUACGUAGAUACGGAAACAACGCCUCUUGGUGCAUUUGUAUUUUAUGUGAUUCAAACAUAUAUAGACACAUGAGAUUAAAAGAAUUACAGAAGUAAACGUGAAACGAUCA